CAUUUACACCUGUGCAGGUGGGUGUAUCAGACACCCCCUGCUGGCAAGCGGAGAAUUCGUGCACAGCGGUGAAUGGCGACGCGGGGGCCCACACAGGGGCGGUCAGGCCCAGCCCCUCCUUUGCCCUGCUCUUGGCUAGACAGGGAUCAAAGCUGUGUCGACAAGACAGUGUGGACUUUAACGUGAGCUAGGCUAGAGGAGUGAAAGUUUAGGCCUGAGCUGGAACGUGAGCAGUUUCACACGUGUUAAAGGACAAGUGCAUGGGCUGCCUUAGACUUUUCUCACACGUUCGACCGUGCUCCAGUGCUGGGUAGGAGGGGAGGGGGAUGGAGGAGGGGGUGGUCCCACUCCCAGUGGGGCAGAGAGCUAGGCAGGUGACCAGCACUGGGCCAGGGGUGACUGGCUCGGUUUUGGAGCUCAGCUUGGUUUGACUUAAAGCGCCGGCCUCAGGGCGGACAAGUAAAUCACUGUCCUGCCUGGCAGGUAGUGGGUGGGGUGCGUGACUACCCGGAAGGAGAAGGCAGGAGAAACAGCUGGAGAAGCACGUGUGGCCCAGCAUGAGUCUCCAUCAAUGGGGCACCCACAGGCUGCAGGGAGGGGCGGGUGAGCCACGCCUGGCUGCGCACCAACUAAAUAACCGCAGGUGCUGAAACCAGGAGAGGGCAACACAGACAGGGCCAGCAUGUAGCCAGGUAAAAGCCCCAGGGGCCUAGAGACGGGACAAUAGGCCUGUGCUAGCCCUGGAGAACGGCCCAAGAACUGACCUGUGGGUGUGAGAUGGGGGCACAGCUCUCCUUGGGUGGGGUGUGGGGAGGCAAACUAGGGGAGAUUCUUGGGCUUUUCCCCAUGGAGCGGGCGCGCAGGUCUCCUGGCUGGGCUCUGCCCUCGGGGAAGUCUGGCCCAUGCUGUCUUUCCCUUUGGUUGCCCUCAGGGCUGCUGUUCCUCACAGCAUUCCUCCUCCACAUCAAGCUGUCCAGGACGAGCCCGGCCCGGCUGGUCUGCGACAACCGGCUGAUCCAGAAGUACAUCAGCGAAGCCAAGGACAUGGAGAAGAGAGUGAGCCAGUGCCAGGAGCUCCCCUCACUCUCCCAGCCCCUUCCUCUGCCCAUGGUGGACUUCAGCCUCCGGGAAUGGAAAACAAAGACAAAUGAGACAAAAAGGCAGGAAAUCCUCGGUGACCUGGCGCUGCUGGUGGACGCGGUGACCGCUGUGCAGGGCCAUGUGAGGCAGGAGUGUGCGGCUGCCCUCCUGGGGCAGCUCUACAAGAAAGCCAACUCCUUCCUCCUGCUCCUGCAGACCUUCAGCUGGCAGGUCAGUGCCUGGCAGCCAGACCGCACCUCCCGGACAACCCUGCAGAGCCACCCCAGCGUAAUCUUCCUGGUCUACCGGCAGCUCGUGCAAGGCAAGCUGCGCUUCCUGUUCCAUGACCUGGCAAAGGAUUUCUGCCGGGAAGGAAGCCAAAGGGUGCCAGAGCCCCCAAGCACCCCAUGUCCCCAGCUGCCUCAAGGGGACAGUGAAAGCCCUGCCUCAUGAUGGAGGCACCCACCAGACCACAGGUGGAGACAAGGUGGGAAGGAAGCAUAUCCUGCCCCCUCCCACUCUCCAGCGAUUGGGGGAAGAGCAGGGCGGAGAGGACCCUGCUGGAGCAGAGGAGGUCACACCCAAGGACAGAAAGGGGGCUCCUUCAGUCCUAGAGAGGCCCCCCCCAUUUCUGCGUUGGUUAAUAUCGACUCACAGCGAAGACUUUAGAGCUGAGCAAAAAGGGGCCUGGCCCCCAUGAGACUGGUUGGGGCCAGAGGAUGCAGUGUCAGCUCUGCACAUCCCAGGAAAGGGAGAGGAUGCUGCCCUCCAGGGAGGAGCUCCUGUGGGCGCACAGUGAGGCAGGACUCAUUGGCAUGGGGCCUCUGAAUCCAACCAACACACAUGCAACACGUGCGGACUCGUCCCCGCCCCAGGGCACAUGUGAGAGAACUCACUCCCCAUCCACCAGCCCUGUCUCCAGCCAACCACUGUGUAAUCCAGCCCAGCACGGCGGGGCGGGGGACUCGCUGUGCCAGGGGAUCAGCCGGCAGAACGCUGCUGUGGGCUAAGGCACUUGCGGGUGCACGACCCUGCAGCCCCAAGGCUCGUGCCCCCAGCUCUCCAUGCGUCACCGCAGCCCAGCCUCCCCGCAGGGAGGGUGUUGCUGCACUUGCUGCUUAUCACGACGGUGGAAGCGGAAAGGAGACGGAUUCGGGCUGCUCGCUAGAGUUAAGGAUCAGGAAGGGGGCGGGUGUCUUUUACUGGGAAAACGUCUUACGAUUAAAGAGCUUAUUUUUCUAAAGAGCCCUGUGAUCUCGCUUAGCGGGGGUGCAAAGCUCACCGGCAACUGUGGGAUCUGGGGCUAGCGCUGGGACCCAGGCCUGCUCGCUGGGGGCCCAUGCACAGGGGGGCGCCAGACUCUCUCCUCCACCCAGCUCCCUAUCCUGCUCUGGAGGAUGUGUGUGGGGGCUGAGAACCAGCCCCACCCUCCCCUAAGAAUGAGGUAUCCAGCGCCCUCCUGCGGCCACUGCAGGAACGGCAGGCAGACAGGUGCCUUUUCUAGAAACAGAGCAAGCUCCGGCUCUCACACUUUCCCCUAGCCUAGCCUCUUCCCAGGCUAAAGCAUCUCGCAGGCAUCUCCCCUCUCACCCCUACCCUGCAGCAAUUUCUAGGCUGAAUUACAUGGAAGGAGACAGCAUUAUAGAGACCAUGUCUACGCUACACGCAGUACGUCACGCAGACACUUCCUUCAGCCUGCUGCAUUCUUCCUCCACGCCCCCUCUAAAACCCAAUCCCCACUGCCUGCCACCCCACUCCCGUUCUCGGCUCUCCUGGGAGUUUCGGGGCCAUUCGCACCUCUGAUCAGAGUGGAUUUUUCACUAAGGAAACUCCAGGCAGCAGAGAGGAAUCUAAGGGCCAGGAUCCAGCCCACGAAUGAAAUCAGCGAGAUUGAGCAUGCUCAAUAGAGCUGUGUCUGGUUUCACUGGCUGGCUCUGCAUCUGGCUUUCAGGCCUUCCCUCCACCAGAAAGGGCACGAGCCCCUGGGCCGGCAGAGCUUGUCCCAGCCCCCCAAACAAAAACCUCUAUUGGCAAAAGCCCCUUUUCGCAGGUGGAGUGGACU